CUGCAAACCCUCGGGGACAAAUUUUCUCACAAUUUGUGCUCGUGUUGAACAAACUGUCUCUGAUACCACGUGUAUGGAGUUUGGGAUGGUGGAUGCCACACCGGAGUAUCGUCAGUGGUACUACCUUCGGGGUCGACGACAGAUAGGGAACCCUGUCCAUCAGCACGGACCAGGGUACAUCCCCAAGUCACUCGAAGAUUUUGUCUCCGCCAUAUACGAAGCAAUUUCCAUAUAUAGCAAGUUUCGAAGUAAGAAACUGAAGAACAUGAUGUAUAAAGCUGGUAAGACCCCUAGCAGAAGUGAGUUUGAGCAGACGCUUCUCUAGAUAGCGUCCAAAAAUCAAGAAGCGUACAACUGGCUUAGGGCUAUUCCAAAAUACAUGUGGGCAUUGUCCCAUGAUGAAGGUGGCUCACGCCAUGGUAUUACGACAACAAAUUCAUCAGAAAGCUUCAAACAUGUCCUUAAGGGAUGUCGUUGUUUACCUGUCUUUGCCAUUGUGAGGUUCACGUAUGACAAAUUGGUCAAGCUAUUUGCUGAUAGGCGAACCAAUGGAUAUUUGUGGCAACAAUCUGGGUAUAAUUUUCCAAUGAAUCUGUGGAAAAAGAUCAAGAACAAUGAAGAAAAUAGGCUUUAUCGUCGUGUUGUGCAGCACCACGCACAACAUGGGAUAUACUUUGUGGUUGUGGAUGGGUCCUUCAACAAUGGCCACCGCGAGACAUUUGCGGUGAAUUUAAAUGCACGGACAUGUACCUGUGGAGAUUGGGUAAUAUAUCACAUUCAGUGCAUUCACGUUCACGCAGUAUGUCAUCAGUGUAGUCUCACUGUGGAUCAUUUGAUUCCUAAUGUUUUUUCACUCAAGUCCUACAUCAACGCUUAUUCGGGCAUCCUAAUGCCGCUUCCCGAUGAGGCCGACUGGCCUACUCCAGGAUACGAGAUUGUGAGACCAACUGCAUGAGCGAGAACACAAACCGGUCGACUGACAAGAACUCGCUACCCGAAUAACAUGGACUACAGACCACGACGACGUCGCAAUGAACAAUAGCUCAAAUAUCCAAGUUUAUGUUUUAUGAUUUUCACAAAAUAAAUUAGUGAUGGCAUGUGUUUUGUAUCCUUAAUUUUAUGGAUAAAUUUUAUGUACUCUAUCAAUAAAUUUGUUGUAAUUUA